AUGUCGCCACGCCGCCACUCCUCGUCGGCAUCGGUCACCACGUUGCAUGUGCCUGUGGCCCCAACGGGUCCACCGCUGGCGGCGCUGCUGGUGCACGUGCCCGGACGGGUAAUUGUGCGAGGGUUCGUUCCGUCGCAAGGCUCUUCCGAAGAUGUAGAAAACGCGGCAGCUAACGCCGUGACCAUGGUCAUGUCUGGUUCCUUCAAGCUGAAGGAUCAAGUGGUGGCCACCACCGAGGCGUGGCGCAAUGGUGGGCUAGCAGUGCGCAUGUAUUUGGCUCGUUCGGCAUCGCCCAGUCGGUCGAAACAUGAUGCCAAUGCUGCUUAUCAUCGAGGCCACCGCAACCACCAUGUCCAUCCUCCCUGGAAGGAGUCAUCGGCAAGAAAUAGCCGCGGCGACGACGACGACGAUGAUGAUGAUGAUGUGGGCUCGCUACUGGUGGAGAUUUCGGUGCCCCGUCCGUUGAGCUACGUGGAAUCGAUUGCCGAGACUGUGAUUGAUCAAACAGCGCUCUCGACCAACGAAGCGAGUCAUAUGGGGCUCGUCGCACUCAACAACUCGCUAUAUGUGACACUGACACGACCAAAUUGGACGAUGGCGUCGCUGUCCAUGUCGAGCUUUGGCCACGGAGUCAUUCAAGUGGACGCCCCUCGGAUUCAAGCGUAUGCGAUGAUGGAGCUCAAAGCGUCGGGGCCAGAGGCGAUCGUGGCUGUGGCGUCCACCCACGUCCAAGCCGACGUGAUGGAGGCGACCGCCAAUGGCGCAGGGUCGGUGUACUUGACCAGCCGGAAUGUAUCGGUGCGAUCGCUCAAGAGUACGAUGGCUGGCGAAGGCGUAAUCAGCUACUUUGACAAUGGAACGUGUGCCAUCCACGAUGUGUCGAUGCUCAGCAGUGGCCAAGUCCAUGCCGGAUCUAUGCAUUGCUACGAUACAACCGUGUACUCUGUCGGGUCGGGGCAUGUUGUGGUGGACGGGGGGCAUUCCCUUACAUCCACAACCAUUGGCGUUGGCCGGCUAUCGUAUGUCCAGACGCUGCCAGACAAUGUGGCCCACGUUGGCUUUGCCCCCCGCGGUGGCAUCCACCGAUAUCACCCCGGCGAUGACGCGGGGCCGUUGAAGUGGGACUUGGUGCCCGCGCCGCCACGCCACGAACCAAAGCGGGUGAUUGUGCUCGGAACGUUGCCCUCGACCGCGGUCGACUUGGAAGUGUUGCCCCCCGCCUUGUCAUUGGCCAUGGAUGCCGAAGUACUUAUGGGGUUAGCGUUGAUUGUGGUGGCCCCGAUGGUGUUGUGGACAUAUAUGCGACGCCGGUACUACCAACGUAUCGCGUAA